GAAUGAUAAGCGUAGGGAAGAACGGGUUCCGGUAGUCAAUUCUUUUUUAUGCUUCCUUCCGUGUCGCCCCGGUUAUCCUUUCUUGCACGCCUACAACAACGGUAGUGCUGUAGGAGGCGAUAGCCAUGCCCUCGACAGCGCACAUGGACAAGACGCUUGAUGAUUCCGAGAAGGGCUCCGCUCAUGCUGCCAUUGAAGUGAAAGAGGCCAAUUUGGGCGCCCAAGGUAUCAGGGUUCCUCACACUGGACCUCUUGCCAAACUUUGGAGAGCAGUCCUUUAUGUAGACAAAUUUGGUGUCGAAGUUCGCGGUAUCGAGCGCGUCUAUCCCGAAGAUCGCUCAGCGCGCACAAUCGCCGACCUUCUCGAUGCGGCGACAAUGUGGUUAGCAGCCAACUCGACUAUCUCGACGUAUUCCUUGGGCACUCUUGGUAUAAGCGUAUUCGAGCUUGGGUUGAAGGAGGCUUGUCUGACGAUCUUGUUUUUCAACUUGCUCUCAACACUGCCUGUUGCAUACUUUGCGGUUUUUGGGCCUAGACUUGGUUUGCGACAGAUGACUAUUACGCGGUUCUCCUUUGGGUACUACUUUGCGUUCUUUCCCGUUAUUCUAAAUAUUAUCGCCUGUAUUGGCUGGUCGACUAUCAACUCCAUCGUCGGCGGACAGGCUCUGCGAGCCGUAUCUGACUCGCAUCAAAUUCCAGAAGCAGCAUCGAUAGUCAUUAUAGCCAUUCUCACGGCUAUAUUUGCGCUAUUUGGUUACCGCUACGUCCACCUGUACGAACGUUAUUCAUGGAUACCCAUCGCGAUUAUCUUCCUCAUCUCUCUUGGUUUAUCUGCAAAGUAUAUGGACUCUGGUUCGUUUGCUGGUUCGGGCCCUGUUGAAGCAGGUAGCGUGCUUAGUUUUGGUGCGGCUAUUGUUGGAUUUGGCCUCGGAUGGUCUAGUCUCGCUGCAGACUAUACUGUGAAUUUGCCUGAGGACGUAAACGCGAACGCCGUAUUUUGGUUAACAUACGCUGGAUUGAACUUGCCGUGUAUUUUGAUUGAAUGCCUUGGUGCUGCGACUGCAACGGUUGCUCGACAAGACUGGCAGGCACGUUUUGCAGAAGGAGGAGUUGGUGCAUUGCUGGCAGCUACGCUUUCUCCUGCAGGAGGGUUUGGGAGGUUCUUGCAGGUGCUGCUAGCGUUGUCUAUUGUUGGGAAUAACAUCCCGAAUAUGUAUUCUUUCGCGCUUACUUUCCAGGUUCUUGGGACCCAAGUCCAACGUAUUCCACGGGUUUUUCUUGUCCUUAUUGGGACGGUGAUAUACGUUGUCCUUGCAAUUGUUGGUGCAUCGCACUUCGAAGCGUGGCUUGACACACUACUGGUUCUUCUCUCGUAUUGGCUUGCAAUCUUCUCUGCGAUUCUUAUUGAAGAGCAUUUGAUCUUUCGGAAAGGUCGAUGGGCGAAUUAUAAUCCUGAUGAUUAUGAUAAGCCCGAGCAUUUGCCACUCGGAUGUGCAGCUGCGUUUGCAUCUGCGUGUGGAGUCAUGGGUGCUGUACUCGGGAUGGCCACAGAAUGGUAUGUCGGUGUUCUCGGAAGGAAAAUUGGUGACCCUGCGUUCGGCGGUGAUAUUGGGUUUGAGCUCAGCUGUGCGUUCAGUGCGACCACGUACCCCGUGGCGCGUGCUAUUGAACGACGGUAUGAGAGUCAACUGCGAAUGCGAAAUACGUCCAGCACUGCUGUAGAACAGACAGGAGGCGAAAAAAGAAGGCAUUAGACACUUCUUGAAGUUUCUUUGUAAUGACCAAGAUGAGCUUUGAAUGGUACAAUAGAAGGAUGAAUGCUAGCGUCUGCGGGAAAA